AUUACAUACUUUCUUUUGUAUUUUUAUAAUUUUUCCUCAAUAUUUUAACUUGUACAAAAUAACUCAUUCUUAGUCCUAAUACCGGAAUAGUAUUGACUGAUUAAUAAUGUCAACUCUUAAAAAGUCUGCCAAAUCCAAGUUCAUAUCAGAAGACUUGAGUGAUUUUAUAAAUGAGUCCCAAUUUUUAAACGAUUCACCAAAAAUCAAGAAGCAGCAAAAAAGGCAACGAAAUGAAUCUGCUGACAAAGAUAAUACUAACUUAAGUCUUCAUGCGAGUGUCAUUAAAAAGAAAAAAAUUAAUGAAGGUGUUGAAGCAUGUGGAGAGUCACGACAAAAAAUACUAAAUGUAAUGAGUCAACAAUUAGAAGCAAGAAAACAAAUUAAUGAAAAUUUAUUAAAAAGUUUGUCAGAAGUUCUUACUCACUUUGAGACAGACUAUAAUGCCUUGAAAGAAAAUGAGCAGAAGAUAGAACAUCUUACUGGAUCAUUUAUGAAAUGUAUACAACAAGCCACUGCUGCUCAUAAGCAAAAACUAAGAGCCUUUAAAGAAAUCCAUUCCACUUUUAAAAAAGAAUGCGAAGAAAUGGAAGUAGAACAAAAAGCUGAAGUGGAUAAACUAGGAGAUGAAUUAGAAGAGGAUAUUAAUAAGUUGAAACAAAAAUUAAUAUCAGAAACCAAGCGUAGCGGAUGGGAAACUUUACGUAGAUCUUUCCUCCAAGCUAUGCAGAAUGAUUUUUAAAGUAUCUGUUGAUAAAAUUUUAUUAAUUAUAAAAAUAAAUU